GUCCUAUGGAGCGGACCGACCGGAGGAGAGACCCCCGCCAGUUGGACAACCAGCCGUACGACGAGAGCCUGGAGGUGGUCGACUCCGAGGAGGUGGCGAGCGUCUCCAGCCCGACUCCCCGCGGCCAGCGUCAGUCAUUCUCCAGGCGGAGCCGGGAGGGGCGUGGCCUGAUGUCUGCCAACAGCAGCAGUGACGAGUUUGAGGAGGACCAAAAGCCUCAGCGGACCAAAGAGCCAAUCGGUAGGCAGCCUGGUGCCAGUCCGAACGAGGAGGAGGAGGAGGAAGAGGAUGAAGAGGAGGAGGAUGACGAUUCUGACGAAGACGAUACAGACGAUGACGACGAACCGGGGCAGGCUCCGGAGGGGGCGUAUGACCCCGCCGACUACGCCAACCUGCCUGUGAGCACCGAGGUCAAAGAGCUGUUCCAGUACAUCACACGGUACACGCCUCAGUCCAUUGAGCUGGAUCACAGUCUGAAACCCUUCAUCCCAGACUUCAUCCCAGCUGUCGGAGACAUCGACGCCUUCCUGAAGGUGCCGAGGCCGGACGGUAUCGAGGACGCUCUGGGUCUGUUGGCUCUGGACGAGCCCAGUGUGAAACAGUCUGACCCCACGGUUCUGUCGCUGUGGCUGUCGGAGGAAACCAAACAACACGGAGCCACAGAGCUGAAGAAGGUGACGAGCGUGGCGAGUCCUCAGUCGAUUCCUCGGGCGGUGGACAGCUGGGUGGAGAGCAUCAGUGCGCUGCACCGCUCCAAACCAGCGGCGAGCGUCCACUAUGGCCGCGCGAUGCCCGACAUCGACAGCCUGAUGCAGGAGUGGCCAGGCGAGCUGGAGGAGCUACUGGGGCGUCUGCAGCUGCCGCCCGCCCGCCUCAACUGCAGCCUGAUGGAGUAUGUGGACCUCGUGUGCGCCCUGCUGGACGUCCCCGUGCACAGCAGCAGGAUCCAGUCUCUGCACCUGCUGUUCAACCUCUACCUGGAGUUCAGAGACUCUCAGCACUUCACACGCAGAACACAAACCUGACACAGGUACAGGGAGCGAGGAGGUCACGACCUUUGACCUGGUCUCAUCUGUGUCAGACGGAACUGUUCCUGUGCUCCACUCUUUAUUCUGUCAAAUAAACUUUAACAUGUCAAUAAAACGUUUUGAAGAUCA